AUGGCAAUUGGCUGUAAUAUUGUCAACAUUGGAGCUGAAGAUCUUAUUAAUGGUAAACCUCAUCUUGUUCUUGGGCUACUUUGGCAAAUAAUUCGUAUUGGAUUGUUCAACAGAAUCAACAUAAAACAAUGCCCAGGAAUUGCUGCUCUUCUUGAAGGAGAUGAAACUAUUGCUGACGUAAGCAAACUUUCACCAGAUGUCAUAAUUCUACGUUGGAUCAAUUAUCACAUCCGCGAGACAGGAUAUUGCAAAGUUGUGAAGAAUUUUUCUGAUGAUAUUAAAGAUUCUGUGGUUUACAGUAUUCUACUGAAACAGAUUGCUCCUCCAAACAUCAUACUUGAUGAGCCUCACAUUACUGAAAAAGAUCUUACACAGCGAGCCGAAAAAGUUUUAGAAAACGCAAAGAAACUGGACUGCGAUUCUUUUGUACGGGCCAGCGAUAUUGUACAAGGACAUCCCAAAUUAAAUCUUGCAUUUUCAUGUCAUCUUUUUAAUACACAUCCAUCUCUUGAGUUUGAUGAUGCUGAUGCAGUGGACAUUGAAGAAACACGAGAGGAAAAGACAUUGAGAAACUGGAUAAAUAGUUUAGGUGUAAAACCACCUAUUCACCAUCUUUUUUCUGAUUUAUCCGAUGGUAUUGCUCUGGCUCAGCUUUUUGAACAGAUAAAACUCGGAGUUGUAAAUUGGAAAUCCAUAUCAAUGCCACCAUUUCCUAAACUUUCUGGGAAAAUGAAAAAAUUAGAAAAUUGCAACUAUGUAGUUUCCGUUGCAAACGAGUUAAAACUGUCUGUUGUUGGUCUUGGCGGUCAGGAUAUUUACGAAGGAAAUAAGAAAUUAAUUCUUGGCUUGGUGAGUCAAGCUAUGCACUUUUACACUCUGUCAUUAUUGGAAUCCAUUGCUUCAUCUGAUAAACCUCUUAAAGAUGAAGUAAUUGUGGCUUGGGUUAACGAAAAGCUUGAAAAGCAUGAAAAAACAUCAAAGAUAACAAGUUUCAAAGACCAAACAAUUUCAUCAUCACAAAUAAUAAUUGAUUUAAUUGACAGUAUUAAACCCAACUCUGUGUUCUAUCAAGCUCUUCAAACUACAGACAUUGAUGAAGCUAAAUUGUCCAAUGCAAAGUUUGCUAUUUCCAUGGCACGAAAAAUUGGAGCUCGCGUUUAUGCUCUACCUGAAGAUAUUGUGGAAGUAAAUUCAAAAAUGGUUAUGACAAUAUUCGCUUGCUUGAUGGCAGCUGCUCUCAAAAUGGAAUAA